GAAUGGAGAGGUUCGUGAAGUGGCCAAAUAACGCGGUGCGUUUAAACGUCUCGGUAGGACUCGUUGCUAACUUAGUUUCAUCUUCGCUUUGUCUGCGCAAGUCGUCGACGUCGUCUUUCGGAUUCUCUUUAGAUAAUUACAUACGUUUAUUUCAUUUUUCUUUAUUGUUUUACUUUUUUUUUUCUUAUUUUUUCUCCAAUUAAAUUUCUUAUUCACGUGUCACAGUGUUCGUCCUAUCGUUCUCCAUUUUAUAUUAUCACGAAUUUCUUAACGUCGUGAGACAUCCAAAAAAAAAAAAAACCAAAAUGCAACAUUAAUUUUUGCACUAUUUUUCUCCAGAAAAAAAAGAAAAAUCUGGUAAACGAGAGUGAUUUUUUAUUAAAAAAAAAAUUUAAUAUAUAUACAUCUAUAUUUAUAUAUAUACUUAUGUAUAUAUAAUUAAUAAAAAAAAAAGUGGAAGGUGAGAUUGAAUCAUUGUAACGGGGAUGAAGCCAUUAAAGGAUCAACGAAACUAUUUCAUUAUGAAGAAAUAGAAGUUCCGACGUGAACUACGGAGCUCAAAGGCCUGAACAUAGUGAUAUGCAGAUUGUACGUAGUUUUUCCAUCUGGAAAGGAUGAAGGAAGGUAACGAUAUCGACGAUCAAAAGACGGGAAACGAUAACGGUGCUUACGUACACUGUUCUGAGAAAACGAGCGAAGAUAACUUAAACGUUGCUUGUACAAAGGAAGUCAUUAAAAAUUCGCACAGUAUCCAUCGCGAGAUACAAGGCUCGUCGGACUUUAUCUUGAUCGAAGAGCCAGGGGACAAUGGCGCAAAGCGAAAGAAUAAUUUCUUGGACACGACGUUACGAUACGCGAAUCGUUGGGUCAAAUUCACUUGCACUAAGAAAAAACUUUAUAGAAGGUUACCGAUUUUAAGUUGGUUGCCACGUUAUAACAAUCACGAUGCACUUGGAGAUCUAGUUGCCGGUAUUACUGUAGGAUUGACUGUUAUUCCACAAUCACUUGCGUACGCAAAUGUAGCUGGGCUACCGACAGAGUACGGAUUGUAUGGCAGUUUUUUGGGAUGUUUCAUCUACAUAUUCUUUGGUUCCUGUAAAGAUGUACCCUUUGGCCCAACUGCUAUCCUCUCUCUGUUAACUUAUCAAUCUGUUGCUCAUUUGGAUGCACCAGAAAAGCAUGCGAUAUUAUUAUGCUUUCUAGUCGGUAUCGUGGAAUUAAUAAUGGGUAUUUUUGGACUUGGAUUUUUAAUCGACUUCGUAUCCGGCCCGGUUAGUUCUGGAUUUACAUCAGCAAUAGCACUAAUAAUCGUUACGUCACAAAUAAAAGAUAUCCUCGCAAUAUCUGCCAAAGGAUCUACAUUUUUACAAAUGUGGAGAAGCAUUGCUGAAUGCUUUUACCAAUCUUCGAUAUGGGAUGCUGUACUUGGUAUAUGCUGCAUAGUUAUCCUAUUAAUACUCAGGAUGGUCUCUUCCUUCACAAUCGGUCCUGACGAUCAAGAACUUCGUACAAAAAAGCAAAAAGUUAUAAAUAAGCUUAUAUGGUUGACUUGUAUCUCAAGGAACGCACUUCUCGUUAUAGUUUGUGGUUUGUUAGGAUAUUGUUUUAGCGAACAUGCACCAUUUCAAUUGAUCGGUUACAUACCAGGAGGUAUGCCUAAUAUACAGUCACCUCCAUUUGGAUAUAUAAAAGAUGAAAAUACUACAGUUUCGUUCAUUGAUAUGUGUACGAAUUUAGGAAGUGGAAUUAUCGUUCUUCCGCUUAUUUCGUUGAUGGAGGACGUGGCUAUCUUCAAAGCAUUUUCGCAAGGAAAGUCAGUUGAUGCCACACAAGAAUUGAUAGCGAUCGGUUUAGCGAACGUUGGUAAUUCCUUUGUACAGGCUUUUCCAGGCACUGGAUCUCUUAGCAGAAGUGCUGUAUAUCACGCUUCUGGAGUGAGAACACCAAUGGGUGGUCUAUAUGCAGGAAUAUUAGUUAUGUUGGCUCUAUUUUUCCUUACCCCCUACUUCAGUUUUAUACCAAGAGCUAGCUUAGCAGCAAUCAUCAUAUCCGCUGUUGUGUUCAUGGUUGAAGUAAAAGUCAUUAAACCGAUGUGGAGAACCAAAAAGUCUGAUCUAAUCCCUGGAAUAGGAACUUUUGUUGCCUGUUUGGUACUGCAACUUGAAAUUGGAAUUCUUUGCGGAAUUGGUAUGAACGUAGUGUUCAUCCUAUACCACGCAGCCAGACCAAAAAUAUCUGUUGAGAAAUUAACUACGCAUUGCGAAAUUGAAUACCUGAUGUUAACACCGGACCGUUGUUUAAUCUUCCCUUCAGUGGAUUAUGUGCGAAACUUAGUAACUAAAUAUAGUCGUAGAACGGAGAACAUAGAAACACCAGUUGUGAUAGAUUGUUCGCAUAUUUAUGGAGCAGACUUUACAGCUGCUACAGUGGUAGAAAGUCUGACCAAAGAUUUCGCAAUUAGAGGCCAACCACUUUUCUUCUACAAUCUAAAGCCUUCUGUUUAUGCUGUGUUUGAGGGCAUCGCGCCUACAAAUUUUGUCGUUUAUUAUGCUCAAGAAGCAUUGGACGAUUUACUCAAAGAAAGAGGCUAUCUUAAUCACAUUAAGCGAGUUUCAUUAUCGGCAUAAGUUUUAAUCUGUGUGUCUUCAAGGAACUGUGUUUAUCACUUAGCAGUGUUCCAUCUGACAAGGCAAAAUAAUGUUGAUGAAUCGGUUAUCACAAUGACAUGGUACAAUUAAAUAAACUAAAUAAUUAUAAAUCUAUGGGUAGU